GGCUACUUCGUACAGCUUGAAGGUAAAGGAAUAUGUUUUACUUUUGAUGAAGCGGUAAAUUGAAGGAUAAAUGGAAAGAUUCUGUGGAAAGAUGCAGCACACAGACUUCAUCUUAAUUACACUCUUGAUCUUCACUCUGCCUGGGGUAUAUGGAGGGAAUGUGCUGGUGUUCCCAUUGGAUGGCAGCCACUGGGUGAACAUGCAAGUCCUGACUGAAGAGCUGGUUUCCAGGGGCCACGCUGUCACUGUGGUGCGUGCCUCAAACAGCUGGUACAUAAAGGAAACAUCCCCUCACUAUACCUCGAUCACCAUCCAAAACACGGGUGGGUUCGAUGAAGAGGCCUUCAGUUCAUUUGUGUCAAGAUUACUGCAAAUUCGCAUAGAAGGAGGCUCUUUUUGGACCCGUAUUAGUCUUCAAAUGGACAUCGUUCAUCAGUUUUCAGAGAUCAACAGAAACUUGUGUGAAAUGAUGGGUCGCAUGUUUGAAGAUGAGGAGUUAAUGCAGUCUCUCAUGGAUGCUAAAUAUGAUGUUGUUCUAACUGAUCCUUGCUUUGGUGGUGGGGUGCUGCUGGCUCAUCGUCUUAAACUUCCUCUGGUUUUCAAUGUAAGAUGGACGAUACAUGGAGAGGGUCACUUUGCAAUUGCUCCCUCACCAUUAUCCUUUGUUCCUUUUCGUGAAGCAGAGUUAACAGAUAAGAUGAAUUUUCCCCAACGUGUGCAGAAUAUGCUAGCAUAUUUUUUUGGAUUAUGGCAGAUUGCGGUCGUUCCAAAACCUCAUUAUACUGAAUUUUGCAAACGAUAUUUUGGGCCUGAAAUUGAAUACUUUGAGCUGUUUCAGGCAGCUGAUAUAUGGCUCAUGAGAAAUGAUUUUGUCUUUGAAUUCCCACGCCCAACGAUGCCCAAUGUUGUGUACAUGGGAGGGUUCCAGUGUAAGCCUGCUAAGCCUCUUCCCCAAGACCUGGAGGAGUUUGUGCAGAGCUCUGGAGAACAUGGAAUCAUUAUUAUGUCACUGGGGACUUUAGUUGGUCACCUUCCUCAUGAUAUAGCAGUCGAGAUAGCUGCUGCUUUUGCCCAACUGCCUCAGAAGAUCAUCUGGAGGCACACAGGAAAAAGGCCAGAGACUCUAGGUAACAACACCCUAUUGGUCAAAUGGAUGCCACAAAAUGAUCUUCUGGGUCAUCCAAAGACCAGAGCCUUUGUGGCACAUGGAGGAACCAAUGGAGUUCAAGAGGCCAUUUACCAUGGUGUUCCAAUAGUUGGCAUUCCUUUGCUCUUUGAUCAGCCUGAUAACCUUUCUAGAAUGAAAGUUAGGGGAGCAGCUACGAUUGUGGAUAUUGCUAACAUAGACAGAAGCAUCUUCCUCCAGGCCUUACAGGAAGUGCUUCAUGAACCAUCCUACAGGAUGAACAUGCAGAGACUCUCCAGGCUGCAUCUGGACCAGCCAAUGAAACCACUGGACCGUGCAAUGUUCUGGAUUGAGUUUGUCAUGAGACACAAAGGUGCUGCUCAUCUGCGCACAGAGUCCUACAGGAUGCCCUGGUAUGCCUACCACUCUGUGGACGUUAUAAUGCUGCUGCUGGCUGCUGUGUUUUUUAUAUUGCUGACUGCUGUUGCUAUCAUCAGAUUUUUGUGCUGUAGGACAAGCAAAAUUAAAUCUGAUUGAAUGCACUGGAUUGUCAUCUGCUUAAAAAUAUUAAUUCAAAGCUUUAAAAAUAAAAGGUAUUGUUGAAAAUAACGGAAAUGAAAAUAAUGAUAUUUUAAAUAUAAAUUUUCAUGAAAUCUUUGAUUCAUCAAAUGUCAAGUUGUAUUUGUAUUAAUCUGAAGGCUAUUGGUGUAACUGAACUUUAUAUUGCUUAUUAAAGUCUGUUAAACCACA